UCAGUUCCUGGUCCCCCACUCUCCCAGCCCCGCAGACCCUGCCCCAGCCAUGGCUCCUGGGGCCCCCUCGUCCAGCCCCAGUCCCGUCCUGGCUGUGCUGCUCUUCUCUUUGGUGCUGGCCCCGGCCCAGGCCAUCGUGGUUUACACGGACAGGGAGGUCCAUGGCGCUGUGGGCUCCCGAGUGACCCUGCACUGCUCCUUCUGGUCCAGCGAGUGGGUCUCUGACGACAUCUCCUUCACCUGGCGCUACCAGCCCGAAGGGGGCCGCGAUGCCAUCUCGAUCUUCCACUACGCCAAGGGACAGCCCUACAUCGACGAGGUGGGGACCUUCAAGGAGCGCAUCCAGUGGGUAGGGGACCCCCGCUGGAAGGAUGGCUCCAUCGUCAUACACAACCUGGACUACAGCGACAACGGCACGUUCACCUGCGACGUCAAAAACCCACCAGACAUAGUGGGCAAGACCUCGCAGGUCACGCUCUACGUCUUUGAAAAAGUGCCGACGCGCUACGGGGUGGUGCUGGGCGCCGUCAUCGGGGCCGUCCUGGGCGGCGUGCUGCUGCUGCUGCUGCUCUUCUACCUGGUGCGGUACUGCUGGCUGCGCAGGCAGGCGGCCCUGCAGAGGAGGCUCAGCGCCAUGGAGAAGGGGAAGCUGCACAAGAUCGGGAAGGACUCGUCCAAGCGCGGCCGGCAGACGCCCGUGCUGUAUGCCAUGCUGGACCACAGCAGGAGCACCAAGGCUGCCAGUGAGAAGAAGUCCAAGGGGCUGGGGGAGUCUCGCAAGGAUAAGAAAUAGCGGUUAGCGGGCCGGGCGGGGGCUCGGGGGCCAGGCGCGGAGCCCUCCAAAGGCGCUCGGGUGGUGGUCAUCGAGAUGGAGCUUCGGAAGGACGAGCAGGGCUCGGAGCCCCGGCCUGCUGUCAAGUCCCCCAGCAGGACCAGCCUCAAGAACGCCCUCAAGAACAUGAUGGGCCUGGACGCGGACAAGUGACGGGCCCGGGCCCCGCCAGAGCUGGGGGCCUAGGCUCCUCUGGCCCCGUCAGGGGCUUUCCUCCUUAGCGCCCAGCCCCGCCCCGCCCCGCCCUCACCAGCCUGUGAGAUGUAAGUUUCGUUCCAAAAUUCAUUCCCCAGGCACGUCAUUUCCUCCCCUACCUUCACCCCCUGGCCUUCUGGGAGCCCAGGGCCUGAUCCCAGCCUGCACCGCCCCCAAGGACUGUGUGUUUGGUGCCUGUCCCUCCGGCACCGAGAAGAAAGGGACCUUGCCACCCCGCGCCUCGACUCCAGGCCACCUGCACCCCGACCCCCUGCACCGCCGCCCAGCCUGCCCCUCGGCCUCUUCCCUCCCUGACGCCCCCGGCCCCCGGUCAGGCAGCCCAGCUCCACACUCUGCCCCCCUAGCUAACACCUGGGUCAUCCAGAUCAGACUGUCCUUCAGGGUUUCUUCAGGGUGUUAUUUUUAUUUUUUCAGUCCGUGUUUGCUUGUGCACCUGUGCCCUGCUCUGCCCCCCAUGACUGAGUACCAAUGACGUCAUGCGGAUUUUGCAGUUCCCCACCCCCAUAAAAUCCUUCUGGAGAGCCGGCCGAGGGGCCCCCCACCCUCAGGCCUCAGCAGCAGGACUGGCGCCCCGACCACCCCAGGGCCCUGUUCUGAGACUCCGGGUCCCAGGGAGGGAGAGGGACGGUAGAUCCUCACAGGUCAGGGGGUGAGGAAAGGGGGCCAACGAGCCCCAAGAAGUGGCUUGCGAACAACCAAGCGGAAAGGAGGAACAACAAAUGGGAAGUAGGGAGAAAGGGGAGAGGCUGCACUCCCAGCCACAGGGGAUUCUUAGGAUUUUUCUACAUUCUGUACAUUUCUUCUCAAACCCCCAAAUGCCCUAAUAUGUUUAAUAAACACUGACAUUUCCAGA